AUGACCAAACCAUUUGCCCAAACCUGGGAACUUAAAGAACCCUACCCAAUAAGAACAAAAAUAGAGUUGGGCGGCUAUAAUUGCCGUCAUACCAUAAAUGAGUCGCUUGUUGUCGAUCAAAAUACCCAAAAGACACUAAAGUUCAUCCUACAUAAAUUGUCAAACAACAUAAAAAUUGAAUACAAACAAGUAAACCAAUUGGGUUUCGAGAAGAAAAAUUUCUUUCUUGACCUAAUCCAACCAACUACACCCAAACGUGAUAGGAGUACGAUCUAUUAUCCUAUAAAAACAAUUUGGCCCCAAAAUAUAAUUACAGAUAAAUGUCCUAUAACGGCUAAAGAGUAUAAAGAGAAACUUGAAGUGAACAAAGAAUGUCAAGUGGCAAUAAGAGAAUUAUGCACCAGAGGAGAAAUUUGUUCGCCCCAGAUUUGUGGCUAUUUCUCUUUUAGCAAUCUUCAGAGAUAUUUGCUUGAUCGUUUGUAUAGAAAGAAAGAUAAGGGAAAUUCACAAAAUAGUAAGAUAUCACUGAAAGUAUGGGUUUCCAAAAUUGACAAAAUAUUUGGGGAUUUCGUAAAUGAAACUUUAGAGAACCUCCCGAGUUCUCAUUUUUGUUUCCCAAAAGAGAUUAUUUUCGGACCUAUUAACAGCCACACUCUGACAAAUUAUUUAAUAGACAUACCAAUAGGACAAACGAUUGCUCCUCAUAAGCCAGAAUGUCCACUGUUUGGGAAGUGGCCAACUUUACAAGAAUUCGGUUUCCCUAAAGAUCAUUAUUACAACCUAGAAAGAUCACUUCUAGAUGAUAAUUUCCAUGAAUUAGAAUUUUAUAUGUUUCGACUCAACCUUUCAAAGAGAAGAAAUAAUAGAAAAACUAAAGAUCUAGGAAGAAUGGGAAAAUUCCAGGUUUGGCUAUUAGACAAGGUUUUACUCAAGAGUAUAGAUUGGAAUCCUUUCAAAAACGUUGAUCAAAAUUUUCCUUUUAUUGUUAAUGAAUUUGAGGCAAUUACACCUAAAACUGUGACUAUUCAUAAAGAAAAGAUUAGAUUUAAUUAUUUAAAACCAAAUACAUUACAAUUAAUAGACAUCCAAAGUAAAAAUUUUAAUAGUUACCAAUUUGGGUUAAAUGAUGAGCAGGACAGUGAACAUACCCCAAGGAAUAUUGGUCCCAUUCCUACAGAGGCGACAAACUCUGUAUCACAAGAGACUGUUCAGACUUCAUCGUUCGAAGAACAAACAGCUAAUACAUCCCUAAUUCCUCAAAAAAGAUCAUUUCUAGACCCUGACAUAUUUAGUAUAAUUCAAAAGAAGAAACAGACAAACGAACAACGAACUGAAAACAAUAAAUCAUAUGAAGGUGUGACAAAAAAAAUUAAGGAGAUAUUGGAUUUUGGCAUCAAUAAAGAGAUCUCUAACAAGAUCACUAGCACUAAUAUCUGUAGGACGAAGAAUGAUUUCAAACUGGCGUACUCUUACGUUCCAAUUGAAGUAUCCGGAAAAACAAUAAUAAUUAAUUCUGUUAAAUUACUAACUAACCAUACCAUGUUACAUGAACUUAUUACAAAUUAUAAUAUAAAUGUUAUUGAAAAAAAUAUCAAUUUACCUUGCGACUUUAUCUUAGGCAUUGAAUGUUGUGUCGUAAGAAUUAAAUUAGAAAUAUUUCAACAAUAUAACAGAGAUGGUACUUUAUUUUAUUCUAAUGUAUUUACAAAAUUACUACGUUUUUUUAAGAAGAUUGUAGUCUUUAUUGAUUACGAUGAGGUAUCUGAACAAACUGACCCUGACUUAUUUUGGAAAAUACGAUCUUUUUUGAAUAUGAAACAAUUCCAACUACAUUUAAUCCCUGGAGGUGAAGAUCUAGACACUACCAAUAAAAUAACGAUGUACUAUCUGUUGAAUUACAUAAAAUUGUUGUCACAGCCAACCAACGACAUAUUAAUUAGUAAUACUGAAAGCAGUGAUCUAGAAUUUCUAACGGCAAUAACACACAACCCAAUUCUCUCACUUAAAAUCCUAGAACAGUAUACAUUAUUACAAUUCCUAAAGUUAGUCCAACUAUCGCAGACUGCUAUGGAUAAUGAUACAGUGUCGCAACUAACUAAUUGGCAAUGGAAAUCAUUUAAAAAUUUGUUGUCUGUCACUUGGUGA